GGGACGGGACGGCCUGGCCCAGCGAACCCGGUUCACGGAGGAGGGGGGUGGGGGGAAAGAGCCGCCGUCACUCUGCUGGCCCCCUGGCGAUCUACAAUCCAAAGGGCCAUCAACUUGUGACGAGUUUGGGAGAAGUGGAGCAGGCGCCUGUUGAAGAUAAGGGGGGAUUCGGCAGAAAAUGGCAGGGAACAAGCUGCUGGGCUGGAUGGCCCUGGCGCUCAGCCAGACAGCAUGCCUUGCAUUGUUGGUGACUGUACCGGAGACCCGACGUGUAACCACACUUUUUUCUUCAAUCGCUCUAAGAUGUGAUUAUUCCACAUCCUCGCAAUCUCAAGAUGUAGUUGUCACCUGGCGUUUCAAGACAUUUUGCAAAGACCCCAUAUUUGAAUACUAUUCUUCAUCGUACAUUGCUAUGUUGAGUAUGGGCCAAGAUCCAACCAAUGAUUGCCAAGAUGAUCAGCGACAGGUGCGAAUUGUAAUUCAGAAACGGGGCCAGAAUGAGCCGAUACUGGGGAACGAAUAUAGACAAAGGAAGAUCACCAUUCAAAAUAGAGCUGACUUGUGGAUCAGUGAAGUGAUGUGGUGGGACCACGGUGUUUAUUUCUGUACUGUUGAGGCACCAGGUGAUACAACAGGGGACUCUGACAAAGAAGUUCGACUUAUUGUUCUACAUUGGCUGACGGUGAUCUUUAUUGUCAUGGGUUUUUUACUAUUAUUCAUAUUGAUUAGUAUCUGUUGGUGCCAAUGCUGUCCACAACGAUGCUGUUGCUAUGUUCGAUGUAUUUGCUGCCCAAAACGCUGCUGUUGCCCAGAGAAAGCUCUUGCAAGGCACGAACUAGUCAAACAGGCAAAGCAGGGAUUAUUACCUUGGAUGUACAAUAGGCCUAUAUAUGGUGAGGAAGAAAGGAAUUCACAGUUAAACUCAUUCUACAUGAAUGGGCCAUCACAAAGAGAUUUUUCCACAAAGAACAGUGUACCUUUGACGAUGAUUCCUUACAGUGCCCAUCCAAACUCUUCUGUUAAGAUGCUGGACUACAUAGAGAACGAGGUGAAAAACUUGAAUACUGUACAGCCUCUACAAAAUGGAAUCCGUACAAGUGGUAGCCCACCUCCCAGUGUGCUUUCAUCUCUAAAUGAAAUUGGAGUUAGAGAGGUAGAUCGGCGUGUUAUCCACCUGCCCCCAAUAUUGGAGACAAUCCGUGAAACAAGCCUUCCCUCAUCACAACAAACCAGCAACUCAUCCCGAAGGAAUUAUCAAAGAAGGGCUAGAAGCCACGAGGACAUUUUGGAAUCAGAGGUUCGUGGAAAUCAAAGGUCACAGGGAGGAUCAAGGUCCAGUCGGAGCUCACAAGACAGAAGAUCUAACCGAAAUCCGGGGAACAGGAGGGGUGAUUUUGAAGAUGGACGACAGAUAAGUCAGUUACUUCCAAGAGAACGAAGUCGUGGAGAUUAUAGUGAUGAUGAUUCAGAUUAUGAUCGAUCAAGACACAGCAGUUCAAAUCAGAGGAAUGGCAGAAGAGGUUAUGAGGAGGAUAGACGAUCACAUCGCAGAAGUAAUAGAGACUACUCACCUGAACGAAGGCGUAGGCGCAGAGACCGAAGCUAUUCACCUCCACCUCGUGGAAGGCGUCAAGGAUCAUGGAGUUCUCUGGAUGAUUAUGAAAACCGCUCUCGGCCAAACAGAAUUCAGCAAGAUGAUCGAAUGGCUGAUUGGUUGGAAACCCUGAAAAAGCCAUUUAAAUAUCAUGAGAAGCCCCCAAGCUAUCAUUCAGUAGAUGGGGCAUCACAAGAAAGUAGUACACGAAGAUCGAAUAGUGGACGCCUCUCAGGACGUGGAAGUUCUCGGAGCGGUAGAAGUGUUGUGAUAUGAUGGAAACCUCCACGUCAUUUUCCACAAUUGAUCUGUUGGUUAUGUUGAAGUACAGAUGGUGACCUCUGUUAUCUUUUAAGCAUAUCUUUUCUUCAUGGCUUUUACAGGACAUAAUGAAAGCCCCAAUUUGUAUAUUACUUCAAGCUGUGCUUGAGAUGUAUAACUUUGCAACAGGAACUGUUAAUCUUUGACAAGGAAGCUUACUUCAUUCUUACUGAUUUUGAUAUAGACAAAGUACAAUUGGAUGUUGGUGAAUAAUUUAGUUUUUUUUUAAAUUACGUACACUUAGUGGGGAAUUGACAGCUAUCUCACCUACACCUGGGUUUGUAUCCAGUCCAGAGAGUAAGAGGUUUCCUGUCUUUGAGGAAAUGUAUAUUACUUUGAAGCUACCAGUAAAUAUUUCAGUUACUCUGUACCUUCUAAAUCUAUCAAAAAUCUCAUCUUUUAAGAAUGUAUUUUAGACAGUGGCAGGAAAAAUUGUCAUAUGGAUCAUAAAUGAUUGUUGAGGAUUGUUUUUCAAUCCAGUAAUUUAGAGAUUUAUCAAAGUUAGGAAACCAUUUCAAAUUGUCAUGUAGAAGUUAUUUUUAAACUUUCAUAUUUUGAUAUUGUUUAAUAUAAUUGAUCUGUACAUUGGAAUAAAUUAAAAUUAUUCUU